CACCUCCUGGUCCAACUCCCCCUGGGCCAAUUCCUCCUGGUGCUUUACCACCAUAGCCCCCUGAGGAGCACAGUCACCGCAGCAUUCUCCUGGUCCAAAGCUUCCUACACCAGCACUGACUCCUCCUGGUCCAAUUCCUCCACCAGGCUGAAAUCCAGUCCCAGCUCCUCCAGGGCCAAAUCCUGUUCCAGGCCCACUUGGUCCAAAACCAGUUCCAGGUCCUGCACCAGCUCCUAUGCCAGCUCCAGUUCCUCCACCAGUGCCAGCAGGUGCUGCACUGCUGGCCGCCACACACACAUGCCGUAAAGAGGACCCACCUCCUUGCAAUGAGGGUUUCCACAGAGCCAGGAGAAAGACUCCAUGUAGGAGCCUCUCGGCAUCCCGUGAAGACAGCUGGCUCAAGUCUCUGUUUGUUAGAAAGGUCGACCCGAGAAAAGAUGCCCACUCUCAUCUGCUUGCUAAGAAAGAAGACAACAAUCUGUACAAAAUACAGUUUCACAAUGUCAAGCCUGAGUGCCUUGAUGCUUAUAAUGAACUCUGUGAGGAAGUCUUGCUUUCCAUACACACUGACCCCGAAUACCCAUGUGAACUUGUGGGCACCUGGAACACAUGGUACGGAGAGCAGGAUCAGGCAGUUCACCUGUGGAGAUAUCGGGGAGGAUACCCGGCUCUCACUGAAGUCAUGAACAAACUCAGGCAGAAUAAGAUGUUUAUGGACUACAGAGACAAGAGGGGGAAGAUGCUGCUGUCUCGUAGGAACCAGCUGCUGCUGGAGUUCAGUUUCUGGAAUGAACCUGUCUCUCGUCCAGGACCCAACAUCUACGAGCUCCGAUCGUACCAACUCAGGCCAGGGACGAUGAUCGAGUGGGGAAAUUACUGGGCGCGUGCUAUCGAGAUUCGCCAGAAAAACCAGGAGGCAGUGGGAGGCUUUUUCUCACAGAUUGGAACCCUGUACCAGGUUCAUCACUUAUGGGCGUCUUGUUUUCCAGCUUACAAAGACCUUCAGUCCAGAGAAGACACCAGAAAUGCAGCUUGGCAGCGUGAAGGGUGGGACGAGGUUGUUUACUACACAGUCCCUCUUAUUCAGCACAUGGAAUCUAGGAUAAUGAUUCCCAUGAAGACUUCACCCUUGAAGUAACCACAAACAUCUUGGGAAGCCUCUCGACAGUGACUGUCACACCCCUGUUGAGAGUGUAAUCGAAUACCAGAGUGUGCACUGCCAGGGAUGCUUCCUGUUUUCUUUGUUUUCUGAACUCCCUUUUUCUUUGUGGUCCUAGAAAGUUUUAUUUCAAAUCAGAUGGUUAAAUUCAUUGUCAAUGUCGUCAUUUACUGGUCCUUUAAUAGGCCGUGUGUUUUAAAUGGCUUGUCCUGUUUUCAUGGUUAUCUAAAAAUACAUUCAUCUGCUUGUUGAGAUACCAACAUUGUUGUGAAUCAACAGUUCUAGUGUUGGUCACAGGGGCUAAAAUGUCUUUGAUAGAACCACAGUUCGAAAGAAAAGUUAACAUGACAUUUACACUCACCGGCCACUUUAUUAGGUACACCUUUAUGCGAUUCAAUGUAACACUUCCACCAUAACAUCUGCGUUUAAGAAGUUUAAAAUGUCUCAGCUUUUGGCGAAAUUGUCCAAAAUAUAUAAAUUAAAUUAUAUGUUUAUUAUUGAGGUCGUAGUUAAAGGUGGUGUUGUACUGGACUACAUUAUAUUCAGAGAUGUUCCUAAUAUUCCAGCCCUCUCACAUAGGAAGAUAAAAAUAUAGACACCUCUAAAUAUAAUGUACUCCAGUAUAACUAUGACCUCAUUAAUAAGCAUAUAAUUGAAUUUAUACAUUUA